AUGAAAAGAAUAUUCUCGAUCGGCAAUAAUUCUCAUUCUGUGGGAUCAGUAUUCUUCACGUGGCAAAAGGGAAGCGCGUCUUAUUUGGUGACCACAGGUUUAGACAGUUUUGUCAAUGUAUACGACCGACACGGGGAGAAAGUGGAUCAGGUCAAUCUUCCGGGGUAUUGCAAUGGUGUCGCCUGGGAUUCAGAGGGGGAUCUGUUGGGCAUCAUAACAGACCGAUCGCCGUCUGUAGUGCUUUGGGACGCAAACACACAUCACGUCCAACAGGUCGACACCGGAGUCAGAGAUGUCUUAUCACUCAUAUUAUGGGCUAAGACUUCGGCACCGCUUCUGGCGGUCGGAACUACUAAAGGAAAUCUUCUCAUUUAUAAUCACAGAACUGCCCGAAAACUACCUAUUUAUGGGAAACACACUAAAAAGAUAAUUAGUGGCGCCUGGAGUGACAACAAUCUGUUGGCACUGGUAGGCGAGGACCGGGUCCUAACGGUGAGCAACGAAGUGGGCGAUAAUGUGGCCAUUAAUACACUGAAGGGGGAAGGGGUUAGCGUUCAGUUUGCAUUCAUGAAGUUAGACGACAGGCCACAGAACACACACCAGAACUGCGUUAGUCUUAUACUAAACAAAAAACAACUAUUUUUACUGAAUUUGUCGGAUUCCGAAAAUCCAAUUCAACUCACAUUUCAAGAGAGGUAUGGCUUUAUUGUGGACUAUCAGUGGUUUGGAGACGGAAUGAUUUUGAUUGGAUUCACUUCUGGUAUAUUCAUCGUUGUCUCCACUUAUUAUAAAGAGAUCGGACAGGAGUUGAGCCAAUUUAAGGCCCACAAGGAACCUCUCACAACAUUCAUCUGUGAUUUAAUGGAUUUGAAUGAUAUCCAGUCUGUACUGACCAUUGAUGACGAGCCGGCAAUAGAAUGGAUGGAGUGGUCAGAUGACGGACAGUUGUUGGCGAUGGUGUCUCCUUCGGGAACAAUUCACGUGUAUUUAUCAAAGCUUACAAUAUUAGGCGAUUCAUUUGGGACUAGACUGGCAUUCCUGUCAUCACUACUGGAAGUGACGGUAUUCAACGUUCAGGAAGACCUGUCCGAUUCAGUGAUUAUAUUACGCAUAGACGUGGAGCCCUCGUUAGUAGCUGUGGGUCCCUAUCACGCGGCGGUCGCCAUGAAUAACAGGGUUUGGUUUUACAAUCUGACGGGAAGUGAGUCCACGGAACUGCUUAGAGAGCGAGAGUACGUGGGAAUCGUAAAGUGUCUCAAACUGAACGGCGAUUACGCGGCCGCCCUCUUCACGAAUGGGACCAUUCAUUUGCAUCUCAUUGAAAACGAACUCAAUUCCAAUGACUACGAGAGCCGCGAUCUCAAGUCGUUUCCGGACGGCGCCGGAAGUUCUGUCGGCAACGGAAAAGUGACCACACUUUGUUUGACUAACGAUUUCCUCAUUUUCGCCACCGAUUUGGGCUCAAUUGAGUUCUUCAUGUUAGAGGACUGGGUGAUGGUUGGUGUCUAUCGACACACGACUGGCAUUAAAAUGAUUUCGGCUAAUGUUAGCGGCAUUCGUGUCGCUAUUAUUGACGACCGAAACGAUGCUUUCAUUUAUAAUUCAGUCACAGACGUAAUGACACAGUUAUCACACAACGACUUCCCUCCAAAUGCUAAGACAAUUCUGUGGGAGAGUUGGCCCUUAGAUAAGGGAGUCUUUAUAGCUUGCGAUCCAAAGUUUGUGUACGUCUUCAUACACAUCAGGGAUACGAUUGAAGGGCCGACUGUUGAAUAUGUGGGCAAAAUGAAGAUCCCUUCGGGUCAGUACCCGUUACUCCUCUAUAAUGGAGUGGUUGUCUGUCAGACCCAAAGCGGUAAAACAUCUAAUUUUGUGCUCUCGACCCAUGAUUUUGGAGACAAAAUGACUGACAAGACUCGACUCAAAACAGAACUUCUUCGGGAUAUACUAAAACUUCGCAGAUUUCAGGACUCAUGGAAGAUAUGUGAAUAUCUUAACGAUAGUGAGGCCUGGGAUUCAUUUGGAAAGGCAGCCAUUAAUGAUAUGGACAUCGAGUUGGCCACAAGAAUCUACAGACACGUCCAGAACUCGGGUUUUGUGAAUGCAUUGGAAAAACUGAAAUUAAUAGAAGAACGGAAUCUAUUGGCCGGACAUUUGGCCAACUCUUCCAAUCGAUACGAUUUGGCGCAGACUUUGUUCCUGUCGUCAUCACAACCACUGGAAGCGUUGGAAAUGAGACAAAAUCUGUUGCAAUGGAGUGAAGCGCUAACUUUGGCCAAACGGUUGGCUCCCAAUCAGAUCCCAAUCAUUUCCCGCGAAUAUGCCGUCCAAUUGGAGUUCACCGGCGACUAUACGAGUGCUCUCGACAACUAUGAAAAGGGUUUGAUUGGCGACGAAGAUCUGAGCACUACUUCUCUCAGUGAAGACGACCUUAAGAGUCACAAUGAGUUAUGCAAAGCAGGAAUCGCUAGGAAUGCCAUUCGUUGCGGUAAUACUCGACGAGGAAUUGAAUUCGUGUCCCAACUCUCGCAUAAUAAAGUUCUUGUGGAAGAAUGCGCCACAAUAUUGGACUCAAUGAAACUGUAUUCAGACGCAGCACUGCUUUACGAGAAAAGUGGUAACUAUGAGAGGGCCGCCAAUCUCUACAUGAAA